GUGGCCAUGGAGGGGCGUUCCCCCUUUGCCCAGGUGAUCCCUCACCUGUCCGAGGAGGAGGAGGAGGAGCAGCCAGGUGAGGAGGAGGAGGAAGGACCAGGUGAGGAGGAGGAAGGACCAGGUGAGGAAGCCACAGGUGAAGAUGCAGGUGAGGAAGAAGAUCCAGGUGAGGAAGAAGAUCCAGGUGAGGAAGGAGACCCAGGUGAGGAAGGAGACCCAGGUGAGGAAGAUGCAGGUGAAGAGGAUCCAGGUGAUGAUGAUGAAGAUCCAGGUGAUGAUGAUGAAGAUCCAGGUGAUGAUGAUGAAGAGCCAGGUGAUGAUGACGAUGAAGACCCAGGUGAUGAAGAUCCAGGUGCAUCCCCCCAGGUGCGCCCCUCUCCAGGUGACCCCCGCACCUCCCGCCUCCGCCGGCCCCGCCUUUACCUGCGGCCACGCCCGGCCCCGCCCGAGCCCGGCCCCUCCCACCUGGCGCCGCCCUGGGCCCGCCCGGGCGCGCCGGGGCCGGCGGCCGCCUCACCUGAGCCAGGUGAGGCCACGCCCGGCUUCGUGCAGCUCAUCGACGAGCGCGGCGUCUACUCCACCGCCAAGCUGGUGCUGGGCGGCCGCUCAGGUGCGCCGGGCGCGCCAGGUGAGGGCGGCGAGGCGGAGCGAGCCCCGCCAGGUGAGGAGGAGGACGAGGAGGAUGAGGAGGAAGAUCUCCCCGCUCACCUGGAGAUCCGCCAGGUGAUCGUGGCCGAGAAGCCCUUCCAGUGCCCCGUGUGCCACAAGGCCUUCAAGCGCACCUGGGAGCUGCUGAGCCACCAGGUGGUGCACACCGAGGCGCGGCCCUACACCUGCCACCUGUGCCGCGCCACCUUCAAGCGCCACUCGGACUUCAAGAGCCACGCCCUGGUGCACACCGAGGAGCGGCCGCACCGCUGCGACCUGUGCGGCAAGCGCUUCAAGCGCUCCUCCAACCUGCAGGAGCACCGCCGCAUCCACAGCGCCCAGCGCCCCUUCACCUGCUCCAGGUGCGCCAAGGGCUUCAAGACGCCUUACGAGCGCCAGCGCCACGCCCUGACGCACCUGGCGGCCGACACGCCCUUCCGCUGCGGCGACUGCGGCAAGGACUUCGCGGCGGCCAACGCGCUGCUGCUGCACCGGCGGCACCGGUGCCAGGACAAGCCGCACGCCUGCGGCGUCUGCGGCAAGCGCUUCACCUACGGCCACUCGCUCAAGGUGCACGAGCGCGUGCACACGGGCGACCGGCCCUUCAGGUGCGCGCUCUGCGGCAAGGCCUUCAAGCAGAGCAACGCGCUGGCCUCGCACCGCCGCGUGCACACGGGCGAGCGCCCCUUCGCCUGCCGCACCUGCGGCAAGGCCUUCAAGCAGUCGUCCUACCUGGCCGUGCACCAGCGGGCGCACACGGGCGAGCGGCCCUACGGCUGCGAGGCGUGCGGCAAGGCCUUCGCCCGGCCCUCGCUGCUGCUGCAGCACCGGCGCGUGCACAGCCAGGCGAGGCCGCACCAGUGCAGCCACUGCCACAAGUUCUUCAAGGACCUGGCGUACCUGGCCGUGCACGAGAAGGUGCACACGGGCGAGACGCCCUACAAGUGCGGGGUGUGCGCCAAGGGAUUCGCGCACCCCUCCAACCUGCUGCAGCACCAGCGCGUGCACCGCGACACCUGAGAGGGGCCCCGGCAGGUGAGCGCCCCGAAAAGGUGCGGCGGUGUCACCUGAGCCCCGUGGAUGAAGCCCCAGGUGAAAGGACUCGGUAGCUGUGAGCCUGGACAGGUGUGAACCCCAAAAAUGUGGUUCGGACCCCAAAAAGGUGCAGCAGCAACACCUGGACUGCGACACCUGAGCCCCAGGUGUGGGAACCC